GCACAGGACCCUGAUCGCCUGCUUGCACGGAGAAUAGACAGAGUCGCCCUGCCCACACGCACGCCGCUCCCUGUUUUUCUUCUGCUGGAGGAACACGUCCGAGGACGCCAAACCCUGGUACACGUCUGGACCCCGCUUGGCGCCAUCAUCGCCCUCCGAGUCACCACAACGCGACCACAAUCUGCACAAGACGAAUAUCCACACCUCCCCACCACACCACACCCCGCCCAUGUCCGCGCCCGACAUGUUCGCGCCGCCGGUCAACCGCGCCAUGAAGGUGCUGGAUCGCGCCUUCUUCCACAAGACCAUCCCCACGGCGGCUGCCCGCAUCUUCAGCCCCAAGGACAUCGCGCGCUGCCGCAAAGAGCUGGAGAAGAGCCAGGACACGCUGCCCAACCCGCGCCUUGACCCCAUCCGGCCCGACCCCGACCAGGAACGCGCACAGAAGGGCGGCAGGUGUCUGCUGCUGCGGCCCGAAGUGCGCCCCGACGAUCGCGCGACAUGGGGCCCCAAGCUGCAGGACCUGGAGCGUGACGGCACCCUCGGCGUCAUCCCCUACCAGCUGCACCUCGACUACGACUACUUCACCUACGCCGAGAUCACAAACGCCAUCAUCCCCGCGCCCGAGAAGAAGAACGACGACGAGAUCCCCACGGGAUUCACUCUCGCCGGCCAUGUCGCACACAUGAACCUCCGCGAGCGCUACUGGCCCUACAAGCACCUCAUCGCCACCAUCCUCGCCGACAAGAACCCCUGGGUCCGCACAGUCAUCAACAAGGUGGAUAACGUCGGCACAGAGAACGCCUUCCGCACCUUCCAGUACGAAGUCCUCUUCGGGCCCGACGACAUGAACGUCGAAGUCCACGAGCAAGACUGCACCUUCAAAUUCGACUUUGCAAAAGUAUACUGGAACACGCGCCUCGACCGCGAGCACCGACGGCUCUGCAGCCUCUUCACCGAAGGCGACGCCAUCUGCGACGUCAUGGCGGGUGUAGGUCCCUUCGCCAUCCCCGCCGGCAAGAAAAAGUGCUUCGUCUGGGCAAACGACCUCAACCCCGAAAGUCACAAAUCCCUCGUCGCUAACAUCGCCCUCAACAAAGUCACAGACUACGUCCUCCCCCACAACACAGACGGCGCGGAAUUCAUCCGCUCCGCUUCCGCCGCCCUCCUCACUCAAGACUCCCGCGAAGUAAACAUCUACUCAAAAGUAAAAUUCUCCCGCUCAAACCCCGUAAAAUCUAAACCCCAGCUCCUGAAAACCAUCACCCAGCCGCGCAUCUUCUCGCACUACGUUAUGAACCUGCCCGCGAGCGCAAUCACCUUCCUCCCCGCCUUCAUCGGCCUGUAUGCAAACGUCCCGGGCAUCUCGACAGACGAGAUCAGGAAGCUUUUCGCGCCCCACACGCAGCAGAAACUUCCCAUGGUGCAUGUCCACUGCUUCAGCACGAAGAGCGACGACAACGUCGCUGAGACGAGGGAUAUCUGCAAGGAGAUAUCGAGACAGUUGGGGUGUGAGAUUACGCCGCAGACGCCGGAUUUGUGCGUUUGGGAUGUUAGGGAUGUGGCGCCGAAGAAGAGGAUGUUUUGCGCGAGCUUUAGACUGCCGGAGGAGGUGGCGUUUAGGGGCGCGUGA